AUGGAUCAAAAUUAUAUAACUGCUCAUAAUUCUGAAAACGCUGAUGACGAAAUCAAAGGAAUCAAGGAACAACAAUUAAAUAACGUUCAAAAGUUAGAAGAUAUUAAUCAUCAUCAUCUGAAAACAAUACAAAAAUUACAGGACAAAAUCGAAUCACAGGAAGUGAAAUUAAAAAAAUUUUCAGAAAAUUUUGAUCAAUAUUUAGAAUCCUUAGAAUUUAAAGAAAAAGUAAUUCAAAAAUUGGAAAAAGAAAGAGAUGAAUUAAGUACUAAUAAUUUACCUCGUAAUUUCGAAGAAGAAAUAAAUCAAUAUAAAUUACUGUACGAGAAAAAAAAUAAUGACUAUAAUAAAUUAAAAGGAAAGUAUAAUGAGAAUAACCAGAAACUAGAAAAUGAAAUCAAAUUAAUCAUUGAUCAAAAUGUAAAAAAUGUUCAAAACUUGGAAAACAAUAUUAGUCAACAACAUCAGGCGGAAGUACAACAAUUACAAGAAAAUUUUAAGCAAACAUUUAAACUUAAAGAAAAUGAAAUACAACGUUUGUUAAAAGUAAUUCAAGAAUUAAAUCAAUAUAAAUUAUUGUACGAAACGAGAAAUAACGAUUAUAAUAUAUUACAUGAAAAGUAUAAAAUGAAUAAACAAAAACUCGAAAAUGAAAAUAAGGGAAUCAAUCAAUAUAAAAUCAUUGAAAAUGACAUCAAGGGAAUAAAGGAUCAACAAUUAAAAGAUUCCCAAAAGUUAGAAGAUAUCAUUAUUAAUAAUCAACAACAUCAGAUGAAAGUACAAAAAUUCGAAGAAAAUCUUGAACAAUCGUUAGAACAUAAAGAAAAGGAAAUACAAAAAUUGAAAAAAGAAUUUCAGGAAUUAAAUCAAUAUAAUAUAGUUGAAUUUGAAAUCAAAGGAAUUAAAGAACAACAUUUAGAAUACUAUAAAUUAUCGUACGAGAAAAGAAAUGAUGAUUAUGAAAUAUUACAAGAAGAGUAUAAAAAGGUUAUACAAACUUUAGAAAAUAGGAAUAUAGAAAUAAAUCAGCUUAAAAUACUUGUUCAAAAAUCAGAAAAUGAAGUUGAAUCAAUUAAUGGACAAAUUCAAGAAAUACAUCGAUAUAAAUUAAUGUAUCAGAUGAGAGAUAACGACUACAAUAACUUACAAGAAAAGCAUAGCACGACCAUAAUAAGCCUUGAAAUUAGAAAUAGAGAGAUAAAUCAAUAUAAAACGCUUGUUCAAAAAUCAGAAAACGAGGUCAAAUUAAUCAAUGAAAAAAUUCAAGAAUUAAAUCAAUAUAAAUCAUUGUACGAGCAGAGAGAUGGCGAAUUAAAAGAAUUACAAGAAAAUUACAAGAAUAAUAUGCAAAGGCUAGAAAAUGAGAUAAAUCUUCAUAAAAUUCUUGCUGAAAAGUCAGAAAAAGCAGUCAAUAGAAUAAAUGAACAAAAUCAAGAAUUAAACCAAUGUAAAUUAUUGUACGAACAGAAAAAUAACGAUUACAAUAAAUUACAAGAUAUGCAUAACACGACCAUACAAAGCUUCGAAAAUGGACAGAGAGAAAUAAAUCAAUAUAAAACGCUUGUUCAAAAAUCAGAAAACGAAGUCAAAUUAAUCAUUCAAGAAUUAAAUCAAUAUAAAUCAUUGUACGAGCAGAGAAAUGACGAAUUACAAGGUUUACAAGAUAAUUACAAGAGGAAUAUGCAAAAUCUAGAAAAUGAGAUAAAUCUUCAUAAAAUUCUUGCUGAAAAGUCGGAAGACGCGGUCAAUAAAAUCAAUGAACAAGUUGUAGAAUUAACUCAAUAUAAAUUCUUGUACGAGCAAACAACCAACGAAUUUCAAGAAUCACAAGAAAAUUACAAGAUAAAUAUGCAACUAUUAGAAAAUCAAAAUAAAAUGCUUAUUCAAAAAUCAGAAAACGAAGUCAAAUUUAUCAUUCAAGAAUUAAAUCAAUAUAAAUCAUUGUACGAGAAGAGAAAUGACGAAUUACAAAGUUUGCAAGAAAAUUACAAGAAGAAUAUGCAAAAUCUAGAAAAUGAGAUAAAUCUUCAUAAAAUUCUUGCUGAAAAGUCGGAAAACGCGGUCAAUAUAAUCAAUGAACAAGUUGUAGAAUUAACUAAAUAUAAAUUCUUGUAUGAGCAGACAACCAAUGAAUAUCAAGAAUCACAAGAAAAUUACAAGAUGAAUAUGCAACGAUUAGAAAAUCAAAAUAAAAUGCUUAUUCAAAAAUCAGAAAACGAAGUCAAAUUAAUCAAUCAAGAAUUAAAUCAAUAUAAAUCGUUGUACGAGAAGAAAAAUGACGAAUUAAAAGGAUUACAAGAAAAUUACAAGAAUAAUAUGCAAAGACUAGAAAGUGAGAUAAAUCUUCAUAAAAUUCUUGCUGAAAAGUCGGAAAACACAGUCAAUAGAAUAAAUGAACAAAAUCAAGAAUUAAACCAAUGUAAAUUAUUGUACGAACAGAAAAAUAACGAUUACAAUAAAUUACAAGAAAUGCAUAACACAACCAUACAAAGCUUCGAAAAUGGACAGAGAGAAAUAAAUCAAUAUAAAACGCUUGUUCAACAAUUAGAAAAUGAAGUCAAAUUAAUAAUUCAAGAAUUAAAUCAAUAUAAAUCAUUGUACGAGCAGAGAAAUGACGAAUUACAAGAAAAAUACAAGAAUAAUAUGGAAAGACUAGAAAAUGAUAAAAAUAUUUAUAAAAAGCUUGCUGAAAAGUCGGAAAACGCGGUCAAUGUAAUCAAUGAACAAGUUGUAGAAUUAACUCAAUAUAAAUUCUUGUACGAGCAAACAACCAACGAAUUUCAAGAAUCACAAGAAAAUUACAAGAUGAAAUUGCAACGACUAGACAAUCAAAAUAAAAUGCUUGUUCAAAAAUCAGAAAACGAAGUCAAGUUAAUCAAUCAAGAAUUAAAUCAAUAUAAAUCGUUGUACGAGAAGAGAAAUGACGAAUUAAAAGGAUUACAAGAAAAUUACAAGAAUAAUAUGGAAAGACUAGAAAAUGAUGAAAAUAUUUAUAAAAAGCUUGCUGAAAAGUCGGAAAACGCGGUCAAUGUAAUCAAUGAACAAGUCGUAGAAUUAACUCAAUAUAAAUUCUUGUACGAGCAAACAACCAACGAAUUUCAAGAAUCACAAGAAAAUUACAAAAUGAAUAUGCAACGAUUAGAAAAUCAAAAUAAAAUGCUUACUGAAAAGAAAGAAAAAGAAAUCGAAAACAUCAAGGAACAACAUUUAAAGAAA